AUGGCUCACCACGCGAGGCCUUCCAGAUUAGUCAAAAAGGAAGAGUUAGGCAAAAGGAAAACCAACCAGGGCAAAAAGAAAUCUACCCAAGUGAGAAAGAAAACCACAAAGACUUCUACAAAAGCUGUUAGUUCUGGAAAAGGCAAAAAGCCAGCACAAGAAAAAGAUGUUAAGAAAAAACAGCAAGAAAAGAAACCAAUCAUGAGCUCUUCAGGUAGACUUCUCAGGAGCAGUGUAACCAGAACCUUGUCUGGAGCAUCUUGGGUGAGUUUGGAGAAAGCUGACAAUAUCCUCUUUCACAGCCAGGAUUCUUUCAACAUCAAUGGCUUUACAAUGUCUCUCCGUAACCGAUCGUUCUCCCGUAGAUUGUCCCAAACUCCAACAAUUGCAAAACCCAGGAAAGCUGCAGCACAAAAAAGGCUAGAAACAAAGGAAAAACAUGACCAAGAAGCCCUGGCAGUAGUAGAAGAAAAAAAUGUUGAAGCAGGCGAAAGAGUUUUGAAACAAGAUUUAGCACAAAAUGAGUUAGCUCCUCUGCCUGUAGAAGAUACUCCAUGUAGCGUAGGCGAAGAGCCUGCUACCACAUGUGCCAGUCAAGACAAAGAGGUAGAAAUACCUGAAACAAAUGACUCCAUUCCAAGCAGUCAGGUAACUGAUGAGGAUACGGAAGUGUCAGAGGUGAAAUACAAGCAUGAAGACCUGCCCUGCGAGGAGACACCCAGCAAUCUCGAUAUGGGUAGUUCGGCUGAAGCAUUUGUUGAAGAUGCUGCACAUGUGCUUCCGUCUUCUCCUUCUGACUCCAUAAUCACCUCUGAAUCAAACUCGAAGGUGUGUGUAGAGACUCCCUUCGAUCUGGUGCCUAACAAUGAAGAACUUGACUCCAGUUCUGUUGAUACCUCAGACCUCAACUCAGCAGUACCGUUAGAGGAGUCAGCCCCAGCUGCCAAAUCCCUCAUCGAAGCAGAGUCGGACCUGGUGCUACCUAAUGAAGAACAAGACUCGGACUCUGCGCCUGUAGUUACCUCUGAGUUUAACUCACAAGAACAUUUAUUAGAAGAUGCAAGCUCACUUGCAGAGUCCUGCUUGAAGGCAGGCUGGGAUUUAGAGCCUGAGAAUAAAGACAUUGGUUCAAAUUCCAGCUCUGUAGCUGCCACUGAAUCAAAUUCACUUUUACAUUUUGAAGGUGCAAGCUCACUUGCAGAAUCCCACGUGAAACUGGUUGCGGAUUUUGAACCUGUUCACAAAGAACUUGACUCAAAUUCGGAUUUGAGCUGUACGAGAGAGAAUUCAGAAUCUGAGUCAAAAAACAUAUUUACAGUAUGUGAACCAGUUUCUGAUACCUCUUUAAACAAUAUUGCAGUGGAGGACAUUGAACAGCUUGUUAAAUGUAUUGAUGCAGAGACUUUAAUUUUGAAUUCAGGUUAUGUCCCCACUUUAUCUCCACAUUUAGAAAAAAGCACAGUCGAUAAUAUCUCUGGUGAAAGCUCUGGACAAUUCUCUGAAGGUUUUGGUUUGGAGUUGCCUUCAAGCAUGGAAAUCUCUGCUUUUGCCUCAGAAAAAGCCAUAAAUGCAGAUUUGCCAGCUGACUCAAGACUGCAGCAUAAUGAUUAUUCAUCACAGCUGGGAAGAGUCGGAGUAAGCUUGAAUUUGUUUCAGGACAACGUGAGCAACAGCACUGAAGCAGUUGAGGCCUCAGGGCCAUCCUCUCUUAAAAAUCCAGCUGGUGAUCACCCUGUUCCAUAUUCAUCUCUGCUCCCUAUGCUAGAGAAAAAGAAACGAAGGCGUUGUGGAGUCUGUGAGCCCUGUCUGCGGAAAACAAAUUGUGAAGAAUGCAGCUGUUGCAGGAAACGCAAAACUAGUCACCGGAUAUGUAAAAAGAGAAAAUGUGAAGAACUGAAAAAGCCACCGCCGCCAAUCAUGCUACCUUUUGAGGUUCUAACUGAAAACAAAAGGCCUCAGAGGAGGAAGCAAAGAGUUUUAAAGGCAAAUUUAGAAAACAAACCAGUAAAUGGCCGCAGACCAGAACUCAUGGAAUGCAGUAUAUGUGGUCAUGGUGAAAAAUACAGGGUGAAAACAAACCAAACAGUAUCCAUUGAAAAUGUGCAGUGUAAGGAGAAAGAAAGAAUGACAGGCUUAGAAGCAGAGAAGUGGGCACAUAACGAGAAGCCAUCUUUUGGUGUCCAUGUCAACGGAGAUAUCCAUGGAACUGUGACAGGCAACGAACACUUGAAAAACGCUGAAGACAGUGAAAGAGCAGUCUCUCCCAGUCAGUUAGCUGAGCCAAAAAAAUCAUUUGCACAGACCAUCAAAAAUGGCAUAAAAACCCUACAUUAUUCACCACCAGAAGCAGUUGCUUCGCUGAAAAAAGUAUCCAUAGAGGAAAGGACAGAUUUGACAAGCAACUCCCAUAUGCAAUGGACGAAGGGUACCAAUCUGAAUAACAUAGUAAAUACUCUGGCGACUGGCGUUGGCUGUGUUCACCCAGAAAAACAAGGAAAUUUUUUAAUGAAAGAGGAAAACUGCACUUGCAGCAUCUUUGAAGAUUCUGGGAAAGCAGUUUUGCAGACGGGUUCCAUUUUGGAUCUGCAAGAAGGCUUGUGUUGUCCUCCACUGCCUGAAGAGGAAGCGUACGUAGGGAAGGAUGGCUUUAAAGUACCUAACACAGAGACGCAGCAUGAGGAGUCUUCACUCCAGCCAACUUUCUUGUCCCUGAUUAAAACCAGAAAUUUAACUGUAGAGCAGGUUGUAGCUAUUGAAGCUUUAACGCAGUUAUCCGAAGCCCCUUUAGAAACACCUUCACCAGCUAAAACUGAAAGUACUCGAUGUACAGAAGAAACAACUUCCAACUUGCUCCAUAGUUACAAAAGGGAUAUCUCCUCCUCCUUCACAUCUUCUGCAUUAAAAGAAAUCAAAGACACUUACUUACAGAAUGAGCAACAGCUCUUGGCUCACUGUGCUCACUCGCAGAAGCAGUUCCCUAAUAAGGCAGUGUUAUACAAUGGCCAAAGUUCAAUUUCUGAAUUGCGUGAUAAACCUGCCAAUCUGGCUGGCGAGAUGUAUAAAUUACAGUUAUCCUCAAGAGAUACCAAAACUGACUUAACGUCUAAUGCAAAAUCGUUGUCAGGAUAUACUACCAAGAAAAAUUAUACUCACGAUCCAGUCACCCUUGCGCGGUAUUGCAAUGCUUCACAUAGUGUCCAGCAAACAAGUAACAACCUGGAAACUCUUGGCCAGCUAGAGCAAAAGCCAACCUGUAAUGAUUUGAACUUGGAAGCUAAUUCUUUGAUUAAAGAAGGAGGAAUUCACAGCCAGGAUGAAGAGGAUGUAGCUACACAGCUCACUCAACUCGCGGCGCUAAUUGAAUCAAACCAGACAAAUCCACAGCAGAAGAAUGAUAUAAAGGCAUCACUGCUUAAUCUAAUAUCACAUGAGAGGCAGCCAAAAUAUAACCAAGAUGUGUUGCAGAAAAAAGAAACUGUGUUUUUUAGGCAUAAUUAUAGUUCCUUACUGUUAAAGCAAAAACAACCAACAAAUAAAAAAGGAAAUGCUGUACCAUGGAAACCAAGACACAAAAAGAAGCCUCAAGAAGCACGCUAUCAACAAAAUAAUCAAAACCAGCUAGAGCUGUUGUCAUGUCAGCAUAGCGAGUUACAGGACAUUUGGAUAUCAUCAAAACUGCACAAGCUUGGUCAAACCAUGCCACAGGACUCCCGAAUAGCUCCAUCUGAAAAAAAAUCUCCGAGAACCAAAGUACAGAGAGCACUGAAUCAAAAUACUUUAGCAUCACAAGAAAAAACUAGGUUAUUUCUCCCACAAACGCAGAUAAAAUUCCAUAGAUGUUUACCUGAGGUACCGCAAGAGAAAAAAAAAGACAGGUCGUUUGGCUGUGAAGUGGUGAAUGAGCAAAUCAAAACUGCAGGCUCCGGUGACCCACUAGGCAUUGAUCCAGUGAAAAGUGAAGUUGUUGCACAUAACCAAUAUAGCAACCUGUCCUCCCGUAAUCCUCUGGCUGUUUCACAGUUGAAACCAGCAUCCUUAUUGAACAGACCAAGUGAAAACCUACAGAUGUUUACAGAAAAAUGUAAUUCUCAGGUACAGCAAAGAGCGAAUGUCAGUCAGACGCAUCCUUUGCCUCAACAUUUUAAUCAGUCUAACCUGAGAGCUAACGAAACGCGUAGUGAAGGCAAAACCUAUAUCCAGCAGGGUGCUGCCGAACAACAAGUAGAUCCGAAGUCGCAGGUGCUGCCUGUUCCCUCUGGUGGGGCCCAGGUACCAGGUUCUGUUGAAGCUCUCAGGAACAUGGAGUGUGCGGGCGAAGUGACCGUUCUGACGUCAACCGGUUUGGGUACUGACCACCCACAGAGCACAGGCGACUCAGGGUGUUCUCCAGCAAAAAACACACUCAGCAGUUUCCUUGAAUCACCUAUGAAGUUUCUUGAUACCCCUACAAAAAAUUUAAUAGAUACACCUACAAAAAAAGGACAAUCUGAAUUGCCAACUUGUGACUGUGUUGAGCAAAUUAUAGAGAAAGAUGAAGGCCCAUAUUACACACACCUCGGGACAGGACCAAGUGUUGCUGCUGUGAGAGAAAUAAUGGAGAACAGGUAUGGAGCAAAAGGAAGCGCUGUAAGAAUAGAGGUAGUGGUUUAUACAGGAAAGGAAGGAAAAAGUUCUCAAGGGUGUCCAAUUGCCAAGUGGGUGAUACGAAGAAGUAGUGAUGAGGAAAAGUUGCUGUGCCUGGUACGUCAGCGUGCAGGACACCACUGUCAAACUGCCGUCAUCGUGAUUCUCAUACUGGCCUGGGAAGGGAUCCCUCAUCUCCUGGCUGAUACGCUGUACAAAGAACUGACGCAGAGCCUCAGAAAAUACGGCUGUCCCACCAGCCGUAGAUGUGCGUUAAAUGAAGACCGUACUUGUGCGUGUCAAGGACUUGAUCCAGAAACUUGCGGAGCGUCCUUCUCAUUUGGCUGUUCGUGGAGUAUGUAUUUCAAUGGCUGUAAGUUUGCCAGAAGCAAAAACCCCAGGAAAUUCAGGCUUCUCACUGAUGACCCUAAACAAGAGGAACUUCUUGAAAAUAAUUUGCAAACUUUAGCUACUGAUGUGGCUCCAGUUUAUAAAAAGCUUGCUCCUGAAGCUUUCCAGAACCAGGUGGAAAAUGAGCACAUGGGCCCAGACUGUCGGCUGGGAUCCAAGGACGGUAGGCCUUUCUCUGGUGUCACAGCUUGCAUAGAUUUCUGUGCCCAUGCCCACAAGGACACACAUAACAUGCACAAUGGAAGCACUGUGGUCUGUACAUUAACGAAGGAGGAUAACCGGAGAGUGGGGGUGAUCCCAAGCGAUGAACAGCUCCAUGUGUUACCUCUUUACAAAAUUUCACAAACAGAUGAAUUCGGCACCGAAGAGGGACUGGAAGCUAAGAUAAAAGCCGGAGCCAUACAGGUGCUCACAGCUUUUCCCAGAGAAGUACGGAUGUUAGCGGAGCCUCUCAGAGCUACGAAGAAAAAGAAACCAGACACAAGGAGGACCCCGACUGAAAAGCAGACGUUGAUAGAUAAAAAAUAUUCAACACCAGUAAAGCUGAAAACUGAAGCCCCAGAAAAUCUUGGCAACACUUUGCAUUGUUUAGGGAACAAAACCGAUGCUUUAAAACCUGGAAUAAAAACGGAGACUUCUGAUCACCUCUAUGCCAUGAAACAUACUUCAAACACUACUAAAAAUUGCUCUUUAUUAAAACAGUAUACGGCUUCCUCCCCUUUUAAGGUGGAUAGUUUACAUCCGUAUUCAUCUUUAGCACAUAAGCCUGGCAUAACAGCAGUGACUAAUAUUCAACAAGAUUUUUCAGUUCCCUACGGGUAUUUUGAAUGCAGUAGUAAGCAACCUCACGUGACACCUUAUGUUAAUUGUAAGAACUUUGAUGUGUCGGUCAAAGAUUAUACUGGAAUUUUGCUGAAUGAGAAGAUGAAUGGUGUGCCACCGAUUCUUCCAGAGGUCACUGCUCCAGGCCCCCCAGCCCAUAAAGACCCCCUGCCCACUAUACUUGAACAUCAGCCAGCCAAACCGAAUUGUCAGCUUCAGUUAGACAAUUCUCCUUCUUCACAGAUGAUCAGCUCCUGUGAUUUGUCAGUACCGCUAAGCUCGCCAGCAAAGGAUGCAGUCGGAAACGAAGCCGACUGUUCCCAUGGCUGCCCAAUGGAAAAGGGCAGCUCCCAUGGAGAACAGAUGUGUGAUUUUGACUGUGUUGACGAAAAGCAAAACAGUGCACUGGGACAACCGACUGAUUCUGAAGAAAAAGCUGAGGAAAUGUGGUCAGACAGCGAGCACAAUUUUUUGGAUGAUGACAUUGGCGGGGUUGCUGUGGCACCUUCUCAUGGUUCUAUCUUAAUUGAAUGUGCAAGACGUGAACUCCAUGCUACCACACCUAUCAAAAAGCCCAACCGCAACCAUCCCACGAGAAUUUCUUUAGUUUUCUACCAACACAAAAAUUUAAAUGAGCCAAAACAUGGUCUAGCCAUGUGGGAAGCAAAGAUGGCUGAGAGGGCGAAAGAAAAAGAAAAAGAAGCAGAAAGAUUAGGAACGGAGAAUACUCAGCUCAACUCUAGCAGCAGGAAAACAAAGCAAACAAGUGAAAACAGAGAUAUUUUUUACGAAGACAAUGAGUUCAACCAAAUUCCAUCACGCAGAGCAUUAACAGUAACUAAGGAUAACGUAAUCACAGUGUCUUCUUAUGCCCUUACACGAGUCGCAGGGCCUUACAACCAUUGGGCAUAGGUUUUAGUAUCAAAUGCCUCCUCUUGGUGCAGUGUUACACAGUGUUUCUUUAAGGUGCUGUUAAAGAACAAGUCUCGUGUCGUUUACUAUUUGCUCAUCUCAACCAUUUUAAGGCUGAGGUAAAAAAAAAAAAGGGGGGGGAUUUCUUCUUAAACUGUGACUUUAACAUUUGGUGGUGCUCAAGCACAUUUUAAGCAAAAAAAAAAAAAAGUUGUAUAGUUUUAAUACAUUCUAAAAAAGAUUUUGUUUAGGUUAUUAACCUUGAUUGAAUCAUUCAGUUUAUUACCUUUAGGAAUUUAUAUUUUGGUGCUUUAAAUCAAGUCUGUUUACUACAAAAAUCAUUUAUAGGGAUUUUAACAGGUUCACAUUUUAUGGUGUUAAAUCAAGUUAUACAGUAAUAGCUCUACACAGCUCUUGGUGCUUAACCACAUCAAACAGUUAAAAAUAAAUAAGCUGAAUUAUUACUUCAUGGUGCCAUUGCUUUAACAACUUCCAACCAUUGCUAUGUAGUCCAAAUUACAGAUAAAUCUUUUAGAAAACCAAUGAAUUUUUUUCUCUAGAUUUGUCGUUAUGUAUGAAAUGAAGUUAUUGGUAAUGAUGGCUGGAAGUUGUUUUUAAGCUGUAAAUAUAUAUUUUAAAAGCACUUUCUAUUUUUAAAAUUAACUUGAAAUAGUAUAGUAUAAGGAUCAUAUUGUCUAAGGUUUGUGCAUACUCUACAGAAGAAAUCAUUUUAUUCUUGCUGUGUAGAGUUCCAUAUUGUUACAGCUGCAGUAUGUAUGCUUAAUAGCAUAUGUGAUUGUUUUUAGACUUGCCCUUUUUCAUCAAAGAUUUUAUGUUGCAUAUAAACAACAGUUAUAAAAUACAGAAACGUUUUAUUGUUUUCAAGAGAGUGUACAAACAUGAAAUUAGGAGAUGUCUUGUCAAUACGUGUGUUGCUAUUGGGAGUUAUGAAUAUUAUUUGGUUUUUUAAAGGCAGCAUUUGUUAUGAUUUCUUUGAGCAAUAAGUGCAUAAGUCUCAUUCGUUUGGAGCAUUAUAAGUUAACAUGACAACCAAAUGUUCCUAAUGCCUCAGGGGUAGGAUUGUUUUGGGAUAAAAAAAUACCCCCUAGAGUUGCCUUAUUCUAUUCUGGAAAAAAAAAAAUUAAUUUGGGGAAAAUACAAAGGAAGUGUUGGAAAAGUAUGAAAUUUCUAAUAUUUAACAACAAUUUUUUCAUUAAGAA